UGUCACAUGCGUAAUUUUUCCUUUCUAACACUCUCCUCACAUUCUCAUCCACAGCUUCACCUCCUUCACUCUUUCAUUUUAUUCUGUCUCUCUUUAUUCACUUGAUCUCAUCACUUGACCAGAUGAUCAGCUCAGUGAUCACCAUGAGGACCAAGGUCAUCUUAGUUCUGACGUUAUUCAUGUUAAUUCUCCUGAUUCCUGCAUCUUCUGCUGAUAAUCAAACACACAACAGCAACACCACUCCUCUCCCAAUCAACAUAACAUAUACUGAAGCUUCAACUGGUAAACUAGGUUCUUCAUCUGACCGGACUGCCACGACAACGGAGAAAAAGGUCACCAAACAGAAUGAUACCACCCCUGCAUCAACAUCUUUGUCGUCAUCUACAGUGGCAUCACCUCUCACAACAACCAACCAACUUGACCAAUUUUCCUCCUCAGCAACGACCCCAAACACAACCCUUUCCUCUAAAUCCAGUAACUCCAAGUUAAUGCUUUUAGUGAUUCUGUUGGCCAUCGUGGUGUUGAUGCUGUUUGUGGGAUGCCUCCACGCCAUGAGGGACCGGCAUUCAGGGCAGGACAGCUCUGUCCCCAGGCUCCUACUGGGUGUGAGGGAGAGGCUGAGGGCUGCGAUUGGUAACCUGGAGGACCGGAUGGGGCGUCGCCACUGGCCAGGGGGGAAGAGAGGAGAGGAGGAUGAUGAGGAGGCAGAGGGAAGACAGGGAGAAGAAGAAGGACAGAGGAGAGACGACGGGGGAGAAGGAAGUAGUUGUGGAGUGAGGAACAAAGAAAAGGGUGAACAGAAGGAGGUAGACAGUGAUUCUUCAGAUGACUACUCCAGUAUGGAGGGAGACAACCUGAGGGAGAGGGCGUUGAGCAGACAGGAGGAAGAGGAGAGGAAGCAGAGCGGGAACGAAGACGGGGAGGAAACGAGUAGUGCAAGUGAGGGAUGCCAAAGUGCUGUGGUAGGAGAGAGCAGUGGAGAUAAAAAGGGAAGCUCAGAAGAGAUAGCAUUAGUCAACUCUCUGCAGGAGGAUGUCAAAAAGGCAGAUUUGUGUGAUGUCACUGUCCUGUAGUGAUAAAAAGCAUGAUUGGAAGAAGGACGAAAAGAUGCCAGGAUUGAAGAGAAUGAAUUUGCUGGUCAGGAAUCAGAUUUAGAAGGAGAAUGAUCAUGCGAUGGUUUUAAAAUGUGUGGUUUCACUGAAGGUUAAAGGUUAUAAAUGCUGUGUGGUCUUCAUGUCUUUGAAUGGUGGGCCAAACAUAUUAGUGAUACUGUUUAUGUAUGUUUAAUUUUGUAAAUCAGAAAGUUCUCUUUAAACCUUUUAAAGUGUGGGGAAUACCGUCAGUUUGUGUUUGAUAAUCUUCAAAUAAACCUUCAAAAUCAGUAA